AUGAAAGUGGAAUACGAACGUAACUAGAGCUCUUAUACGUCAAGCCUUUUAUUUAGAAGAUUCGGGAAGUUCUUUUAUUUUGUCACACACACCGGAAAAGGAUGGCAAUGUUUUGUUUUAGUGUCACAGAAUUAGCACGCAGGCUGCGCCUUUCCCUGUAAACGCUAGCCAAGGAGGCAAUGGCAUCUCCGCUAACGGGGCGCUUUCUUGACAAUAAACCCCCGAAGGUGCAUUGGUCGCUGCCGUUUCUGUGUUUGGCAUUCGUCCUGGUCGGGAAAGGCGAGGGCAACGCGAUGGACAACGUCGCUACAGAGAGGCUGGCUGAAGAAAGCCACCGACAAGACAGUGCCAACCUGCUCAUAUUCAUCAUGCUCCUAACGCUCACCAUUCUCACUAUAUGGCUCUUCAAACACAGACGCUUUAGGUUCCUGCACGAAACAGGACUUGCUAUGAUUUAUGGGCUGUUGGUGGGUGUGAUCCUGAGGUUCGGCAUCCACGUGCCCCAAAGCAUGAGCGAUGUGGUCCAGGGCUGCGCCGUGAACGCCAGUCCCGCCACCCUGCUGGUCAACGUCAGCGGGCGGUUCUACGAGUACACCCUGAAAGGCGAAGUCAGCCGGGGAAAAGGUCACCAAGUGCAGGACGACGAGAUGCUGAGAAAGGUGACCUUUGACCCGGAAGUCUUUUUCAACAUUUUGCUGCCCCCCAUCAUCUUCCAUGCUGGUUACAGUCUAAAACGGAGACAUUUUUUCCGAAACAUCGGCUCCAUCCUGGCGUACGCGUUUGUGGGAACCGUUAUAUCCUGCUUUAUUAUCGGGCUCAUCAUGUAUGGCUUUGUGUCCUUCAUGAAAAUGGUGGGCCAGCUGGGGGGAGAUUUUUACUUCACGGACUGUCUUUUUUUCGGGGCUAUCGUUUCGGCAACAGACCCAGUGACAGUCCUGGCCAUUUUCAACGAGCUGAAAGUAGACGUGGACCUGUACGCUUUACUUUUUGGAGAGAGCGUACUUAAUGAUGCCGUUGCUAUCGUCCUCUCUUCCUCCAUUGUGGCCUAUCAGCCUGCCGGGGACAACAGCCACAGCUUUGAAGCCAUGGCCUUGCUCAAGUCGUUUGGCAUAUUCCUGGGCGUCUUUAGUGGAUCGUUUGCUCUUGGAGUGGUCACUGGAGUGGUGACUGCGCUCGUGACCAAGUUCACCAAGCUGAGGGACUUCCCCUUGCUGGAGACGGCGCUUUUUUUCCUCAUGUCCUGGAGCACCUUCCUGUUGGCUGAGGCGUGCGGCUUUACCGGCGUUGUUGCUGUGCUGUUCUGCGGGAUGACCCAGGCGCACUACACCUACAACAAUCUCUCUCGGGACUCACAGGAUCGAACCAAACAGUUGUUUGAGCUGCUGAACUUUCUGGCGGAAAACUUCAUCUUCUCCUACAUGGGCCUGACGCUCUUCUCUUUCCAGUCACACGUCUUCAACCCUUUGUUUAUCAUCGGCGCGUUUAUGGCGGUGUUUUUUGGCAGGGCGGCAAACAUCUACCCCUUGUCUUUCCUGCUCAACCUGGGCCGCAAGAACAAAAUUGGCUCCAACUUCCAGCACGUGAUGAUGUUUGCAGGUCUGCGUGGGGCCAUGACCUUUGCCCUCUCCAUCCGAGACACAGCCACCUACGCUCGCCAGAUGAUGUUCUCCACCACCUUGCUAAUUGUCUUCUUCACCGUGUGGCUCUGCGGAGGCGGCACCAUGCCCAUGCUGUCCUUCAUGAGCAUUCCCGUGGGUGUGGACUCUGAUCAAGAACACUCUAGUUUUGGAAUUAUGGAUGGUUCACAGAGAAGGAACACCAAGCAUGAGAGCGCUUGGCCCUUCAGGAUUUGGUACAACUUUGAUCACAACUACCUGAAACCCCUCCUGACCCACAGUGGCCCCCCUCUCACUGCUACUCUGCCUGCCUGCUGUGGUCCUCUGGCCCGAUGCCUUACCAGCCCGCAGGCGUAUGAGAACGAAGGUCAGCUCCACGACGAUGACUCCGACUUCAUCCUGAACGACGCCAGCGUAAGCUCCAUGUACGCCGACGUCACCGUCAGCACGGACGGUUCGGGCUCUGGCACCGUCAAGCGCACCGCCGGCAGCACGGUGGCGGGCGGCCUGUUUGACGAGGGCUUGGAUCAGGAGCUGGCCCUGGUCGAGCACGAAGUGUCCAUCAGGGGCACCCGCUUGGUCCUGCCCAUGAACGACCAGGUCGAUCCCCCGACCACCGUCACUCUGCCACCGCCGCCCUCCCCGCCUCGCUCGGACCCCCGCAGGCACAGACUGAGCGGGAGGAGGGCUUCGUUGCCGUAAGAUUGAACGUGAAGGAGCCAUGUGCAAGGUCAGGUACUGUCGAUCAAGUGCACCUUCUACUGAGAACCCAACUGUUUUUCAAUGAAAUUGCUUCCCUCCACAUUUGAGCAAAAGUAGCACCAAGCGGUUCAUAUAUGUCGGGAUUUAUUUAUGUAUUUAUUUAUUGGUUUUGUGGAAUUGCGACGAGACUCGGUGGCGAAAAGCUGUUCUUACGCACUUUUAUUUCCCCCGAAAGGCACCGCGAGCAACUCAUCCUGUGCGAAGGGGUUUGUCAUGUGUGUCUGUGUAGGGAUAAACAAUCUUUUGUGUAAUGUAGCGAGAACGUACAUGAAAGCCUCUUUCACACAGACAUCCUGCAAAAUCUGAGGCCCGCCUGUGCCUUUUAUACACAACCACCACACUUUUAACACCGCAACGGAUAAUGACGUUGCGCCAUCUUCUGGUGUAAUGCGCGUAAACACGGAAUGGUUGGGACAAACACGACCUGGGAAUUUUCCUGCUAGUAUCGAAGCCAAAACGGGGCCUGUGUUUGGAUGCGUAACAGCUGCUGAACGGCGCCGCCACGGAAAGUCUCUACUUACCGCCAAUCCCCACCGCCGUGUUGCGCCUCCACUGUGUAGUAAAAUAGCGCAGACUUUUCCGAGAUGUGGCGCAUCUGUUUUUUCUGUCUUUCUAGAGGAGCAGGAGCAAAUAAAUUCAGUUCUGCCAUUCGAGAUACGUAACGGCUGCUGAACGGCAACACGACGUAACGUCUCGAGCUUUGUCGUCCAUCAAUACAUACAGGUGGGCGUCUGUGGCGGCACUGACUUGAUUUGACUUGAUGGCGCCAUUGUAAGACAGUGUCAGUGCAGUGUCGAUACAGCUAGUGAAUGUGCCACAUACUCACUGAGGACAGGUGACAAAAUGGAUAGCAAUGUGGUUAGUGUGUCUUGUAAUACAAUGCACAUAAGUCCAAGCCCGGUCUCAAACAUGUUUUUUUUCUUUUUCUAAAAUUGAUUUAACUAUGAUUUGUGAUGAAAUAGACAUUUUUUUAACCCAUUUUCCCAAAAAACUUCCCAUAUUUUUAAACACAAAUGCUGACAGAUAAGUUUACAGAGUACACUGCUUAGUUCCUGGGUGCAAGAGUCUUGACACUGUAGGGUACUUGCUGAGAUGCAACCACUUGAGUUUGUCCCCUGCGUGUAGAGUGCAACAUCCAGGGACUGUGUCUUGUAUCUACAACACUUGUCCUUCACUGGGUUCUGUAGAAAAGGCACUGGUGAGUAAACGCCAGACCUUGGCACCAUUUCGGGCUGUCCACUAUACCUCAGAAGCAGGUGCCCUAAAAGCCGGUGUGAAAGAGGCUACUCGCAUAAGCUGCUGUGUGGUCGGGGUGAGGGCUCCACUGUUGUGAAUUUCAAGUGCCUACAGGAAAUGGAAAUCCUUGGUGUAGAUUUGUGGAGUCACAUCAUCCUUUAAAAAAAAAAAAAAAGACUACAUGCUCUGAUUAUGGAAAUGACAACAUGUCCAAUUGUGUACUGACUGUAAUGUAAAUAUAACUAUGUGGUUUCAGUUCCUCCUUUGCUGUGUUUCGACAUAUUUUCUUUUCAUACCAACUACUAACAAAUCCCUAUAAAUGUUUGUCUUGAUGACUUCUAAGCAGUGUUCUCAAUUUAAUUAACUGUGACUUUCUGGACAUCAUAUAAAUUUGUAUUGUGUGAAUUGUUUGAAGACAAUUAUUUAUUUGGUACUUUUAUAUCCUUCCAUGACUAAAUAUGUAUAUUAAAACAAAAUACCCAUUUGUAAGAAACGAUACAGAAAGAAAUGUUUAUGUUUUAUUAUUUCAAAUAUCACAUUUGACUGACUCAUUCCCUCCUGAUGUGUGAUUAUUGUCUGUCCUGUCAAACAUCUUGCAAGUG